AGUUCCUUUUCUAAAGAAGCUUUAUCUUGACAAAAUUGAAAAUAAAAAUGUCAACAACUCAAGAAUUAGAAAAGGAAAUAAAAUUAAUUGAUAAAGAGUUGUCAAAUGUGGAUGCUCAAAUAGCAAAGUUAAAAACUAUUCAAAGGCAACUGCAAGAAAAGAAAUCCGCUUUAAAAAAGUCUUUAGACAAAUUAAAAUCAGACAAGUUAGCAAGCGUCGACUGGGGAGGUACUACAUAUGAGUGGUCAGAAAAAGUAAGUGAAACCCUAAAGAAUGUAUUUAAAUUACAAACUUUUAGACCAAAACAGUUGAGUGCUAUAAAUUCAACUCUUUCUGGUCAACACACAAUAGUCGUCAUGCCGACGGGAGCCGGUAAAAGCUUGUGUUAUCAACUGCCAGCAUUAAUCAAACCGGGAAUAACUGUUGUUAUAUCGCCACUCGUUUCGCUUAUGGAAGAUCAAGUGAGAUCUCUAACAAAUAAAAAUAUACCAGCGAAACUCAUGACCAGCACAAGCUCCAAGGAAGACUCAGCAGCUGCUUUAAACUUACUUAAAGAUAAAAAUAAUGAUGUAAAACUCCUCUAUGUUACACCUGAGAGACUAGCCAAAAGCAAGAGGUUCAUGUCUAACUUACAAAAGUGCUAUGCUGAGGGCAGAUUACAGAGGAUAGCUAUAGAUGAAGUGCACUGUUGCUCUCAGUGGGGCCAUGAUUUUCGACCAGAUUAUAAAUUUCUUGGGAUAUUGUCUAAUAUGUUUCCUAACACUCCAAUAUUAGGCUUAACGGCCACUGCUACUGCACAUGUACUUUCUGAUGUUCAGAAAAUUCUCAAUUUGCAAGGUUGUCUUAUUAUUAAAUCCACAUUCAACAGACCCAAUUUGUAUUAUAAAAUACAUGAAAAACCAACUUCACAGGAGGAAUGUUUAACAAUUUUAGAGAAGCUUCUCAAGUAUAGAUAUAACGGUGAGAGUGGUAUAAUAUACACAAAUAGUAUUAAAGAUGCUGAGGACGUAGCACAAGGCUUAAGGAAAAGGAAUCUAAAAGUAGGUUGUUACCAUGCUAACAUGGAGUCAGAUGCCAGAUCUAAAGUACACAUAAAAUGGCAUGAGAAACAUUACCAAGCUAUUGUAGCAACUGUUGCCUUUGGUAUGGGCAUAGAUAAACCAGAUGUAAGAUUUGUUAUUCAUCACACAAUAAGUAAAUCAAUGGAAAAUUAUUAUCAAGAAAGUGGACGAGCCGGUCGCGAUGGUCUUAGAGCUGAAUGCAUAACUUUAUAUAGAAUGCAGGAUAUUUUCAGAGUUAGUGCAAUGGUGUUCUCUUCAGUUGGAUCAAUAGAACAUUUGUAUGGUAUGGUCAAGUAUUGUCUGAAUGGAACUUUAUGUAGGAGACAAAUAAUAGCACAACAUUUUGACGAGGACUGGGGUGAUGCAGAUUGUAACAAAAUGUGUGACGUUUGUAGUAAUACUGCAACAAACUCUAUUCAACUUGAUCUCGCUUCACACUGUAGAGUUUUGGCUAGUAUUAUUCAAAAUGCUGAGGCUCAGGACACAAAACUUACUGCACAGAAGUUAUUAGAUGCCUGGUUUUUAAAAGGACCCGUUCCUCUCAGGCACAAGGGUAAGGAACCCAACUUUAGUCGCAGUCAAGGUGAAGACAUAAUAGCAUUUUUAUUAAUAGAAGGAUACUUAGUAGAAGACUUUCACUUUACUGCAUAUUCAACAGUUGUUUAUCUGAAAAAAGGUGUUAACAUGGAGGCAUUGGAUGACCCAGACUUCUCAUUAAAAAUGACUGUAAGGAGGUAUACCAAAUUUGAGUUAGAUUCUCCUGCUCCAAAAGAUUUAGAUAUAAUUUCGAGUAGUAAAUCUCAAGGCAACGAAAAUUAUGCAGUUAAAAGAAAAGCUGUUGAAGACCAUAAAGCAAAGAAAUUAAAAACUAUUUUGAUUGAUGAUGAUGACUAACUGCAUAUGUUGGCCUUUUACUAAUUGAUGAAAAGGCAGGUUUUUAGACAUUAGGAUCGGCAACCAGCAACUGCGUUGCAAUUCAUUUUUUGCUGAGCAUCGUUUGUAAUUGGCAAGGGCCUUUGUCUUGUACUAUAUUAUUUUAUAGUCUAGAAUUCUAGAUCUUAAGUCUUGACAUCACAUCUUCUAAACUCAAGAAAUACUUACUUGUUACUUAGAUAUUAUAAAAUUACCUACAGUA